AUGGAACAAAUUUCCCUGAUUCACCAGAGCCCAUCUAUGGAACUCAAUUCUUGCCUAGGAAGUUCAAAGUUGCAGUCACUGUGCCAACAGAUAACUCUGGAUCUUCUCACAAAUGAUGUUGGUGUGGUUGUGGUUACUGAUGCUGAUGGGGAACCUCAGGGGUUUAACAUAUAUGUUGGUGGUGGUAUGGGAAGAACUCAUAGGCUAGAGACCACUUUUCCUCGGUUGGCAGAACCAUUGGGUUAUGUACCAAAGGAGGACAUUUUAUAUGCAGGUGAUGGUGGCUUGUUUUGUGGGCUCCAUGUUGAUAGUGGUCGUAACAUCAUCUUGUGUGUUAUUCGCAAAGCAUGGAAGCGCCCCAUUACGACAGCUCUUGCACAGGCUGGUUUAUUGCAACCCAAGUAUGUAGACCCCCUCAAUUUGACUGCAAUGGCAUGUCCAGCUUUACCACUUUGCCCAUUGGCAAUAACUGAAGCCGAACGGGGAAUUCCCGACAUCCUCAAAUGUGUUAGAGCUGUAUUCGAGAAGGUUGGUCUGAAAUACAAUGAAUCUGUGGUAAUAAUGGCAACUGGCUGUCCCAAUGGCUAUGCCAGACCUUACAUGGCUGAACUUGGAUUUGUUGGUGAUGGUCCUAAUAGCUACCAGCUUUGGCUUGGGGGAACACCCAAUCAAACUUCAUUAGCCAGAACCUUCAUGAAUAAGGUUAAAAUUCAUGACCUUGAAACGGUUUUGGAACCUCUCUUUUAUUCUUGGAAAAGGAAAAGACAAUCCAAAGAAUCAUUUGGCGACUUCACAAAUCGCGUGUGGGUUGAGAAAUGGGAUGGUGUGGUGGCUACACGGCCUACAUACAACCUGAUACUUUUUACUGAUAAGGAUACAUAUGAAAAAAUGGAUGAACUUGCAAAAUUGCAGAAUAAGACUGCCCAUCAGUUGGCCAUGGAAGUUAUUCGCAAUUAUGCUGCUGCCCGGCAAAACGGGAAAGGAGAAUGA